AUGGACUUCUCUCAGUACGGUGGACCGUCAGAAGAAUGGUUGGCAGUGGAGAAGACACUGCCCGUGCGGACUUUCGACAUCUCGUUGGAUCCAAUCAUUCUGCGUAAUGCGGUCAAUUCUGAGCGAGAAGCACGCUCUGCAGAGGUGAAGCAAUUGUUCGCACCACAUAUCCAGACCAAAGAUCACGCCAUUCCGACCCGCGAUGGCUCAACCAUCGAAGCUCGAACGUAUCGAUCCGUGAAGAAGGAUGCAUCCGAGAAGCUUCCUGUAUACCUGUACUUCCACGGUGGAGGCUUCAUCUUCGGAUCGCUGAGUAGCGAGGACCCGCUGUGUGCGCAAACCGCGAUCAAGACUGGGGCUCUGGUGCUGAAUGUCAACUACCGCCAUACACCAGAACACAUCUUCCCAACCGCCUGGAAUGACACUCAUGACGCAUUCGUCUGGCUGCACAAGAACAUCGACAUGCUCGGAGGCGAUCCAUCCCAAGUCCUCGUCGGCGGCAUCUCAGCAGGCGGCAACCUAGCUGCUUCCCUGACUCUAGAGCAGCACCUUGGAAAGAGCGAAGACAUCGCAGGUUUACCCACAAUAGCCGGCCAGAUCCUAAUCAUCCCAAUGCUCGCCCACCCAGCUACCUACGAUCAAGGGCCAGGCAAGCUACUCAACCCCUCAACCUCAUCCUACGUUGAGAACGAAGAUGCACCGGUUUUGCCGAAGAAAACCAUCGACUUCUUUACCAAGCUGCUGAAGAUCGGGGAUGUAGAUCUCAAAGACACGAAGAUGAAUGUUGUCAAUGCGACGGAAGAGGAGGUCAAGGGUUUCCCUCCUACGGUGUUUGGUAUUGCUGGCUUGGACCCGCUGCGCGAUGAGGGGCUGUUGUUUGCGAAGAAGCUGUCCGAGGCUAAUGUUCCGACGUCUACUACGCUGUUCAAGGGCGUUCCGCAUGGUCAUAGGCGCUUUGGGAAAGCGUUGAAGGCGUCUGAGCAUUGGGAUCAGUGUGUUGAUGAGGGUAUACUUUGGGUGCUUUCGAAACCGGAGGCUACAGGGAAGUUCGAUUCCAAUGAUGCUCUCGAUCCUACCCUACAGAUCUCGUUACAUGAGGUUAGAGGAGAGAUUUUACCCCGAUACGCGAUCCUUUCGCAUCGAUGGCGUUGGCAAGAAGUUCUAUACGAUGACAUCGCAUCCGCGGACCGCAGUGUUGCACGAAGCAAGAAGGGUUACGCGAAGCUUGAGAUGGCGUGCCGUGUUGCGCUUGAACACGGUUUUAGCUAUUUAUGGAGCGAUACUUGCUGCAUCGACAAGAGUUCCAGCGCCGAGCUAUCAGAAGCCAUCAACUCGAUGUACAGUUACUACACCAAUUCAGCGUGGUGCAUUGCAUACUUGGACGAUGUGGAGCUCGGUGAAGAUCGAAUUCUCUCCAGAUCAGCUUGGUUUUCAAGAGGGUGGACUCUGCAAGAGCUAAUCGCCCCGCUCAAGUUGACUUUCUACGCAAAGAGCUGGAAAAAGAUCGGCACAAAAGCUGAUUCGUGCCAUCAAGUCUCUAUAGCCUCCAACAUUGAUGUGGAGGUCCUGAGAGACCGCGAAGCCAUCAGUGCUAUGGGCGUAUCGGAGAAGAUGUCGUGGGCGGCGAGCAGAGUCACAACGCGACCGGAAGACGAAGCGUACUCCCUAAUGGGUAUCUUUGGUGUGAAUAUGGCAACUUUGUACGGAGAGGGUAGAAGCAGCGCUUUCAGGCGACUACAACUCGAGAUCCUGCGGACAAGUACUGACCAUUCUCUUUUCGCCUGGGAGUCAGAGACAGUCAACGGCGACAUGCUAGCGCCAAGUGUGUCGUGCUUCUCUAACGGAGCAAGCUACGAACCAUGCGAGUAUCCACCCGGUCUGAUUGAUCGUCUAGACCCGAUGCCAAAUUACGACAUGACAAACGCGGGACUCCGCAUACAGCUGCCUUUGAGACGUGAGCCAGAGCGCAUAGGGCUAUACUCUGCAUUUCUGGCAUGUAGGCGCAAGUUUGCCCCAGAGUUCCCUGUUGCCAUAUACAUCAGCCGAUUCGGCGGGUCUUUGAAUUUCCCUCGCUUUUGUAGGGAAGUCCUGUAUGGUGAAACCCUACACCUUGAACAGCGACUGGGGUUCCAGAACGAAUUACUGUAUGACUUUGGGUCUAAGCCAAUAUGGAUUGCAGGUGAGAACCAUCUACCAAGACAGCCCUUUGAGGUUGCAUACCCGCUCAUGUAUCCAGACUGGUAG